ACACAAGGAAUGAAUAUAAAAUCUGCAUACCAGGAAUUUUUCCUACCCCGAAACCGCCGCCACGCCGUCGCUGAUCACCAGCGCCCAUCACACACCGCCUUAGACGCCCAUGCUCGCCGUGGCCGCGUCCCUCAGGGCCUCGGCCUCCGCGGUGGCCGAAGCUGGCGGCGACCCGGCCGUUCUUCACGCGGUCCUCAUCAAGACCGCCUCGUCCUCUCGCGCCGCCUACAACCUCCUCUUCUCCCGCUACCAUCCGUCGCUCUCGCUGCACCUCCUCUCCCACCUCCCGUUCUGCUUCCGCCCCACCGCCGGCUCGCUCACCUCCUCGCUCUCCUCCCUCUCCGCUUCCUCCCCGGCCUCCGCGCUCCCGCUCCUCCGCCGCGUCCUCGGCAUGUCCCCUGCUCUCCUCUGCGACGGCCCGCUAUCCUCACUCCUCCGCUCCAUGCCGCCGUCCAUCGCACCGCACGUGCACGCCCUCGCCUUCAAGCUCGCCCUCUCGUCGUCCCCCUACUCCGCCUCUUGCCUUAUUACUCUCUACUCCAGAGCCCGCUCCCCGGCAUGCGCCCGCCACCUGUUCGAUGAAAUCCCCGUUGCAAAUCGGGACUCCGUUUGCUACUCCUCCACGAUUGUUGGGCUCGCACAGAAUGGGUGGUACGAAGAAUCCCUCUCUGUGUUCGCUGGCAUGCGCGCAAACGGUGUUGAUUCUACCAUGCAUGCGCUCUCCGGUUCUCUCCGGGCAGCUGCAGGGCUUGCUGUGCUGGAGCAGACUUGUGGGAUUCACGCCCAUGCGGUGGUAGUUGGGCUUGAUGGAAAUGUGGCUGUUGGGACCGCCCUGGUGGAUGCUUAUGGUAAGGCUGGAGAUGUGGAUGAUGCAGCCAAGGUUUUUGAGGGGUUGGGUGGUGACCGAAACCUGAUUACAUGGAACGCGGUGCUUUCUGCUCAUGCUCAGCAGGGAGAUGUGCAGGAGGUCACUGGACUGUUUAACCAGAUGAUGAAGCUGGGUUUUGCCCCUGAUGGGCUAACAUUCCUUGCUGUUCUCACGUCAUGUAGUAAUGCCGGAGCAGCCACUGAAGCCAAGUUUUGGUUGGAAGCAAUGCAGUCGAAGUACGGCGUGAAGCCUGACCUUGAGCAUUAUACUUGCGUGGUGGGUGCAAUGGCACGGGUGGGGCAUCUAGAGGAUGCAGAGAGUUUUGCUUGUACAAUGCCAUGCAAACCAGAUGCAGCAGUGUGGCGGACACUUCUAAUGGGCUGUGUGGUUCACCGCAGGGUUGACAUGGCAGAAUCCAUGGGACAGAGGCUUCUGGAGAUUAAUCCCAAGGAUGACUCAGCUUAUGUCAUGCUUGCCAACGUCUACUCAACAGCUGGGAAAACAAAUGAGGAGGCUGAGGCAUGGACUGCAAUGAGGGACCAUGGGGUCAGGAAGGAAGGUGGGCGAAGUUGGAUUGAGGUCAGAGGGCUGGUACAUGUUUUUGUUGCAAACGAAAGAAGGCAUGAACAGCUGCUAGAAAUAUAUGACAAACUGCAUGAAUUGAUUCAAGAGGUAGAGAAGUUAGGGUACAAGGAGGCAGAUGAGAGACUUUGGCAUCAUAGUGAAAGAUUGGCUCUUGCAUAUGGGUUGAUCAGUGGUGCUGCACCAUCAGGAAAGGUGUUGAGAAUAGUUAAGAACUUGAGAAUAUGUGCUCAUUGUCAUGAAUUCUUCAAGUAUGCUAGCAUGGUGAUCGACAGAGUAAUUGUAGUACGGGAUGUCAAUAGGUACCACACAAUUAAGAAAGGUGAUUGCAGUUGCAGAGGCUGCUGGUGAAACACAUAUAUCUUGAGGAUAAACUAUGAGGCAAGAAGCAUCUGUAUGAUUUGCCGAUAAUCCACGAGAUAAUUGACUCCAGGAAAAAAACUCACUGCAGGAUUGAUUGGAAUUUGGGAACUUGCUUGGAGUUGUUGCCAUAGGGCCAACUUCCCUACAUGUUUGAAAUCUUGAAGAGAACUGUGGUCUUAUGGUGUUGCAGACACCAUAAUAUCUUGUUUGGAUAGACACCGAAGCAUCUUGUUACUCGUGGAGCAUAAAUUAACAUGGCAAGUGAUGCUCUUUAAGUGUCAAUUAUUCUGGGGAACAUUUCGUGCCUGCUGAUUAACAGUUUGAGUUCUCAGAGAUGCCCCAGCUCAAUAGUUGCUUCUUGGUCUUGUCUUAGGGCCGUUAUGCUCAUCUUGUUCGGUGACAUAAACUGCUGAGAGGAAAGUACCAUUCCUCAGUUGAUCCAUAGUCGGUAGCAUCCGAUUGAUUCUUCUCUCCCUUUGUUUAUGAUUGUUUGGGUUUUCAUAGUUUUUUCCUUUUUAUUAUGACUUAGUUAUUUUUUUCCUUUCUAUUAUGACUUAAUUGAAAUUAAGUGGAUACAGU